AAUUGAAGGUUCUUGGUGACUAUCAACAAGUUUAUAUCAUGAAGUAUGACAUUUGCUCCACGUAAUUCUCAAUUUAAACUGCCUUCUAAAACAAGAAAGUCGAUAAAUACGACCAAUUAUAGUCAAAAAGUUGAUAUAUUCUCUGGUUGGAAGACUGAAACUGAUCUAACAGAAUUCUGUUACUGGGCGGAACAGCGCCAGCAAACCAAAACUAAAUAUGAAACGAAGAGAUUGUCCAAAUUAUGCGUACAUUAUGAAUUACUUUGUAACUUUGGGCCUAUUUGCGAAUCUCUUAUCGAUCGUAGUGAUAGAAUAAUACAGCAGUAUAAGACUGAAAAGCAGACUGAUAAUAAGACUAAUAAAUCCAAUACGUUGCUUAAAACGAAGGAAGUAAAAAGCAGAGUCAUAGAUGAAGACUGGAUUGAUUGCGGAAUACCUCACAGAGAGGAUAAAACUACAGAUGACUUUGGUAUGAAGAAAGGAAUUUCAACUACUUCAUUUGAUGAGUUAUCUCAAACUGUUCAGCGUGGUGAGAACAACUUGUUGCAUGAUCAAAACCGCACCACCCCUCCUUUGGAUUCUCAAAUUGAAGAAAAAGAGUGCUUGAAUAACUCAAAAUCUACGCGCUUAACUCCAGAUAAAGUGUCAGUAGUUGGAGAAAAUGGUAAGCCUAGUAGUGUUACAGAGUUGGAAAGAAAUCUUUCAAAAACUAAAAGACUGUUGUCCCUCCAUCGUUCAAAUCCUAAUGAACAGAGCAAAUCGAACGUUAUUGAUGUGAUAUCAAAACCAUCUAUUAAAUACAGUUAUACUCAAUCGAAAAUAGAACUGAACCCGAAUAACAUAACAAAAUUAGAACGUGUUCCAGAAAAUUUGAGAAAUUUGUUAUCCAAGACCAAAACAAAACCUCAGUCUGCUCCCUCUGCAUACCAUGGUAUUUGUUGUAUGAAAAUAGAGAAGAAACAACCUAAUUCACUUCCAGAACAAAUAGAAAAGAGAGUAUUUCCAAAAAAAACUAUCUCUUUGAAAAAAGUGACAUUACGAGGAAAUCUUGGAGAUGAAGAGAAUGAAGAAGUCAUAACAACAUUUCCUUUUUUUUCAGCAUCAAGACCAUUGAAAGAUACAGAUAAUUUAGAUAACUCGAAGAAAUCUGUAUUUCCGAUUGUGCAUCUACUGCAGGAAGAUUUGGAGAGUGUUGAACCUUUUAGUUGUAAACUGGGUCCGCCUGGCUUUAGGCCAGGUAUAGGAGGUAAAAACGUUUUACAUAGAGCAAGAGAUGUUGCAAAUAAGAGAAUGAUGAACACAAUUGGAUUAUUUAACAAUUCGACUAGUUCUGCAUCGUCCUUUAGACGGACCUCGAGUGCAUCAAGAAAAUUAGGUAGAUUACAAUGUUCAAGUGGUACAAAAAUUAGGACAAGUGAGGAACUAAUUACUAAUUUAAUUCAUGAUAAUGAUUUAAGCUAA